CCAACUUUCUCGCUGUUGGAAUUUACCCGAUCACGUUUCCAAAUUUGGAAUAUGACGCGCUUUCGAAAAUACCUCGGGACCUCGGUAACCGAACGACGCUGUUGAUUAUUGAUUCGAUGAAGAAAGAAAUUUGAAUCGGCCCACAGUUCGCUGAGUAAUCGGUGCUUGAAAAGACAACCUCGAAAGACGUCUGUGAUGGAUGUGUAAACGAAAUCGCAAGUUUAUCUGCUUCUUCAAUCAUGGGGAUUUUAUCAAGAAGGCAAGAGUGGAUUAUCCAAUAGUUACCUUUAAGUGCAAGAAAGAAAUAAAGAAAUUAAAGAUGGACAAAUCUGCAUCUUUGUAUUGUCUACCAAAUGAAAGGACGUCUGCAUUGUUUAAUCAGACGAUCCCUCGAUGUCGUUGCAACUGCACACGGAUGUCUGAAAAUCCAAAUCCACGUAAACGAAACUGCAGUAAAUACUUUCUGAAGUGUACGCCUUGGAGAAGAAAACCACUCUUAAGAGCUACUCCAAGAUGGACUUUGCAGGGCUUUAAUUCUUGUUUCCUAAGACUUUCACUGCUACUCUCGAGCCUAUUAAACACUUUUUGUUGUGUUUUCAGUGGAACUAUGUCUGCAAAGAGAACAUCAGUGCUUAGAAUAUGGUGGAUACUACUAACUGCCAGUUUUUUUAGCACAAUGUUGUUACCAGUUGUAUCAAGUCAAGAAAGUGUACAACCUACGCCAUCUGUGAAAAGCAAAGUGUUGCCUAAUGCUGUAGUUUAUGUUGGAUCUGCAUUUAGUUAUAAUAUUUCAGAGGAUGUUUUCGCUUGCAGUGUAGACAGCAUUGUGGUUUCAGAAACAGCGGAUAGAUUUCUCUCACACUGGCUGUCCUAUAACAGCAACAAGAAACAACUCUAUGGUGUUCCCUCAGAUAAAGAUAAGGGAACUUAUAACAUCCUAGUUGUAGCUUUGACAAAGGACUCCUCAUUGAGCGGCCAUGUUUGUGGGUCACAAUCGUUUUCCAUAGUUGUCAUGUCUAUAAGUGAAAGACUGCCAGCAUCAGUUCAUUUAGGCACUACAGGUUUUAACAGCAAUGGUGACAAACCUGCACUUGGCUUGUCAUGUCCUCCUGGAGUACAAGCCAUCUUGGGUACAGUGAUCCUGAACAUGGACAUGCAAAGCCUUAAUGGGCACGAGCGUAUUAUGCAAAUGAUGAAAAUGGCUGACCAUCUCAGGGUGGACUUCAGCAAAUUAAGCCUAUUCUCGGGUGAGAUUUCUAACCCAAUAACACAACAACUAGAUAAUCCCACUGUUGUAGCAGCUGGCGUGGGAGACGGCAGAUUUGCCAAAGGCAGAAGGAGUCUCGUGACCUGGAACAUGGCAUGUGGUGCAUUAAAGCUAACAGAUGCAGGUUUUUCAAGACUUGAAACUGCUGCUCAAGAUGGAACAAUUAGCACUUUAAUGGGUGUCCCUGUGGUGGGAUGGCAUGUCUUGUCUGGAACUCAAAAAGACAUGAUGCGGCGCAGAGUUAGAAGACAAGCGGUUAUAGCCAUUACUCCUACACCCUCUGUAUCUAGUGCCCUACCCUCAAAACUACCAAAUAUGUCUACUACAGUGAUUGUUUCAAAAACUGUUACUUUAACAUCUGCAUUAGGCCAGGAUUCAACAAUGUCACUGCCAAGUGUUACACCAAACAGAACUAUUACCAAAACCACAGUUAGCAUCAACUCAACAUUGUUUAGUCAGGCAGCAUCAACAAUUAUACAGUCAUCUGCGACAGGCAUUAACCUGACAGUGUCAAGCCAGCUACCAAACAAAACAGCUGUGCCAUCAUCCUCUGGUGUCCGUGUCAACUUGACAGGAUCAAGUCAGCCACCAAAUAAAACUGUUUUCUCAUCUUCUAGUGUUAGCAUCAGUGCAACAAUUUCAGUUCAGUCACCUAAUAGAACUAUUUUCACAUCUUCUCUUAUUAGCGUCGAUGCAACAACUUCAAUUCAGUUGCCAAACAGAACUAUUUCCCCGUCUUCUAGCAUGAGCAUCAAUUUAACAAUUUUAAGUAUGUUGCCAAACAGAACUAUUAUCCCAUCUCCAAGUUUUAGUGUUAGCCUGCCACACUCGAGUCAGUUACUCAAUACCACAGUAUUCCAGUCUUCAAGCACUCUGAAUACAACUGCUGCUGUAACAAGUUUCUUCACUUCUUCAAAACCCCUGCUGACAUCAGCAAUGAACAGUUCUACGACCCCAAGUCCAACAACCAUCUUCUCUGCCAAUAGAACAAUAGGUAUGCAUGAAAGCCGUACUCCAUCACUGAAUUCAACAUUUGUAACAAGAACAGCACUGACCAAUGUGCCUUCAUCAUCUUUUACACUGAGCACUUCAUCACCCAAGAGAUCAAGUAUUGCAUCAUCACAUAAUGGAUCAAUUUUGAGUUCGUUGACAAUGAUAACAAAGAACACAAGUCAAGUUAUAAUGUCCUCAACUAUAGUUCCCUCAGUGUCAGAAGGCAAUGUUUCCUUGGCAAUAACAGCAUCUUCACUUACUGUAUCUUUCAACAGAACUAAUUUGGUCACAUCUUUUAGUCUUUUAUCAAGUGUUCCAUCAGCUUUUACCACUCUUCAGUCAACUUUGCUAACAACAUCCACAGCACAGUUUAAUACUUCAAUUCCAAAUGUGUCUUCAUCAACGUUGAUCACUCAAGCAACUACCUCCAUCACCUUAGUUCCAAGUAGCUUUAUUUCUGUUGCUAACACAUCAGUACUUAUAACUUCUGCCAAUCAAACAGGGUUAUCUACAGUAAGUUCCAUCAAGGGCCCAAGUUUCUCAUCCUUUACAUCAAAAAGUACUUUCUUGGCCUCCUUUUCAUCAAGUUUAAUUUUGCUUCCUCCAAAUACAACUUUGGUAGAAAAUUUAACAUCAUCAGCUAAGACAAGUUCCUCUGUAACAAGCAGCAUGGUAAUCUCACCAUCAACCCUUCAACCAGGAAACUCAACUGAAUCAAAGGCAACUUCACUAAUGCAGACAUCAUCUCUGUUUACGAGCCCAGUUAUAUCAACAUUUAACAGCACUGAAAUAUCAACGGUCAAAACACAUUCACUAGUCCCAUCACUGUCAAGUACAUCUUCUGUAAUACUGUCCAGUUCUGAGACACAAGUGUCGAGUUCUUCCAUGUUGCUGUUGAGUUCUACAACAGUCAACCAGACAUCUGGGGUCCAAAUCGUCUCAAGUAGUACCUUACAGCCCAAUCUCGCGUCCUCAACAACGGCUUUGCCACCAUCAUUGAUGUCUUCACUAAUUGUAACAAGUGCAAGUGAGGUGACAUCUGUGACUGCAAUUACCACCAAGAGGACUGCAUUGGUGAAUUCAACAUUUGAAAUCGAUAGGUCAUCGUUUGUAGCAGUGACUAAAUCGGCGUUUCCGUCAACAAGGACGAUUGGAACCCGAACUUUUCCGGGCACCUUCGUCGCCAAUCGAAGUGUUGUCCUUACCAUUACUUCGGAAGGAGUUAAAAAACCAAGUGCUAACAUCUCAUCUUCUCCAAAAAUCACAACAUCCACGUUCGUUGUGAGCACAAUUUCAUCAUUAAGUACUUCUCAGUUUGCCAGCAUGUUUUCAAGUGUCGAUCUGAGACCGAACUUGACUAGAGUUACACACUCGUCAUUUUUCUCGAUGUCCGUAAUACAGACCACAAGCCCUGAAGUUCCUGUGAAUUCCACGACGGCUUCAAGUACUAAAGGAAGUUCUGCAGCGGUAUCAAGUGCUGUGGCCAAGCCUAUGAACUCGUCGGUCUCUGCAAAAAGAACGACUUCAUCACCAAUUUCUUUUGUUACCAGUUCAAGUGGACAUUUUGACGCUAGCUCCUCGUUGAUGUCAACAGUUUCCUUGAGUGGAAAACGUAUUCUUGGAUCGUCUUCCAUGUUGAUGGCAAAUGUAAGCAGUUCAGUUGCUGUGUCAAGAUCAAGCGCCGCAUUUUCUGGUGUUCUUACGACAGAAACCUCUGUGUUGAACUCAACCACAACAGGGAUGUCAACUGUACAAAUCAGCCGCACAAUAUUGUCGUCCACACUCACUUCAAGUUCAGCAUCCUCACCUUUGAAGUCACAAGACCUGACAACUUUGCUCAGCAAGAGUGAUGUUACCGAGUCCAGCAGAAUCGUGCAAAAUUCGACGACGUUGUUCGACGCUAGUAGAACUGUUUCGAUGAAGUUCAGUUCUCUUUCGUCGACCACUUCAUCGAAAAAGUCAACGACUGGAAUUGACAGCACACGAAUGUCCGCUGCCACAGGUGUGGUAACCUCUACUGUGAUGUCAGUACCCUCUAUCACGGUCAUUCCAACUUCUGUCACAGUCCCACCAACAUCUGUCACGGAUACUUUGGUUCUUUCCACGCACGUUACUCGCAGCACGCGCGUGCUGACCUCCAGUAGCAGACUUGAAAGUGUUUUUAGCACGAUACUCAGCUCUGUCCAGACGAGUGGCGCAGUCUUACCCACAUCUAGAACGCCGGUGAACAGGACGACUAGCAUCUUGGAGACCAGCGGUUCAUCCUCUGUCGCGUCACACAAUACAACAGAAAAGACUCUGCGAAGUACCCAAGUGAUAGUGAUCUCGUCUACUGCACUCAGUCAUAAUAAGGUUGGAUCUCGAUUGACCAUUGCUACGUUUUCAUCAGCACAAAUUAACAGCAAUACUGUCACGCAAGUUAAGUCGACAACUGUGACGCGCGUCACGCAGAGUAAUGCUACAUCUGCCACCCGACUCAGCACUUUGAAGAGAAGCACGUUUUUAGUUAGACCUUCCAUGUUUGUUGGAUCGUCGAUGAAGUUUAGAGUUACUUUCUCGGACAAACUCAAAACUUUAUCUGUCACCCAAACAACCACUUUAAAGUUGAUUCACAGCCGUAAAACUAUCACUCGGACGCCUGUCAUCACUGGUUCAGGGAUGAGGAUCACGCAAGCGACCCUUGAAAGAUUAACAUCUUCAGAAGUUCCUACAUUUUCGUCAUCAAGGCUCGAAUCGGCGCCACCGUCAGAGACGCAGAAAACAUCGUUGGUAGGGUCAAUAGUCAGCGCGACGAAGUCCUUGGAUCAGAGCCUUGUGUUAUCAUCACGAAGUAUGACGUCAUCUAGCUUACGGUCGUCGAAACUAAGGGGUCUAACAACCUCUAUAUCUGCGGGUAUUUUAGCAUCAAGCGCGAGAUUCUCAACAGUGUCAGUCAAAUCAACCAAAAUUGCAACUACGUCAUCAUCAACAUCAUCAUCAACGUCAACCAUAACCCCAACAGAGAAAGAAACUUACACCUUAAUACCCAACGUAGUCACAGAGACAAGCAUUACGCAUAGAUCGUUUACUCCAAAUCUCUCGACAAGUAAAGGAAUUCUUACGACUUUCAGAACAGCUUCCUGGUCAUCUACUUUAUUAGAUGAAUCUUCUGCUGUAAGCCGUAUUCCGACGCUCUCUCCUACUGCUGUUGCUUUCUCUUUACGUCCGCUUCCAAGUACCUCAUCUUUGUCCUCGUCCAACUCGAUCCAGACUGCAACAGUGACAGGCACAACGCGGGCGAUCAGCGUGUCACCAACGUCAAGUGUCGUUGUCAUACCAGCCACGGCUCCGCCCAAUUCACCCCCUGAGGUUAUCAACAACCUGGGUCGAGUGAUAGCUCCAGCAGGAGUAGCACUGCACUACACUAUACCCGAAGAUACUUUUUAUGAUCGGGAGGACGGCGUCAACACGCGCAACCUGUCGCUUUCGAUUAAAUUUGCAAACGGUUCAUUAAUCCCGGAGGACUUUUGGUUGCAGUUUGACAGUAACAGCCAGACUAUCGACGGAUUACCGCUGGACACGCAUGUGCCUGAUGGGAUUAUGGGUCAGGUGUUAGUUGUGUAUGCUCAAGACAGCCGCGGUGCCGAAGCCUUGGACGCUUUUGAGGUUCUGGUUGUUCCAUCGGAAAAUCCAGUUGUGCAAGAAUUAAAAAUUAGAAUUACGAACGAUUUUGUCGAGUUUAGCCGCGACGUAGCCCAGAGGCUCUUACUGUUGAAGAAGAUCGCAGCCUAUUAUGGUGACGAGGGUGAAUCAAACAUAAGAGUGUCGAGUUUCGAAGCUGGGUCAGUGAUCAUGACGUGGACGAAUGAUUCGUUACCAACAGAGAGGUGCGACGAGGAAAAACUACAGUACGUUGCAAAUAAGAUUCUACUUUCCAGUGGAGAAGUAAGAACGGAAUUUCGAGAGGCUUUACAAGGCUUUCCAGUGGUGAGUGCGAGCGAGGAGCGAAUGGGUGUAUGUAACGGAUCUCACCCCGUCACAACUGCUACACCAAUCGACGCAGGCGCACUAACGUCUGUGGAAGAGGGCGACUUGUGGUACAAGCACGUACUUGUAGGUGUAUUCAUUGUUCUUAUUUUAAUUGUGUUGGCCGUGGUACUGAUCUGGUAUUGUAGGAGACGGAGACCAAAACCUUCUAACGAGAAGCGUACCUUUAAGAAGCGUAAACCCAUAAUACUGGAACCGGAAAUUGAGUUAAAACCAAUCCCUGGGAAACCACUUGUUCUACCGGACGAUUCCCCGAGUUUCCCGCCCUCCUAUAUUUCAGAAACCUCGCUUGAUAAACCUGUUUCUUCCGAUGAAGAUGACGAAGAAGAUUAUGGGAAAGAUAGCCCUGGUGUUAGGUACGAGCCUCCCCCGCCUUUUUAUGGAGUCCUCGACGACGAAGAUCCGCGGAACAGUCCUCCGCCGGUUUACCAGCUACCGCCUAUGUUUUGAAGUUUUUUAGUUGCGUAAUGACACGAGAAAGUAGGCGUUGUUUUUUUUUUUUUUUUUUUUUUUUUUUUUUUUUAACAGACGUUUAAAUCUUGGCCUCAAACUUUUGCAGCUUCCGUGCUCUUGUUGCUUGGCCUGCCUGUUUUAAUCUUCUUCGAGUUAAAGAAGUUCACGGGUCGAAUCUUGAACGUCUGCUGAGUUAAAGCUGCGUUUAACGUUGACAUAACGAUAUCUCUUAAUGUUUAUCAGUUGUCUUUUAAUUAGGAUAACUACUUUUUAGUUUAAUAAAUCAUCAUUACUUUUGGUUGUAAGAGAAUUGUUUCACAUUCUUUUAGAUACUUGUACAUUUAUCGUCGAUCCAAAAUCUAUUUGUUUUAGAAAUUUUUAGUUCACGACCAGAAUACUGACAAUUAUCGGUAUUCAAGCGGUUGCUUAAAUGAAAAAAUGCUUUAAGUUACUUCUCUAACUGAGAAUGAAAAUGAAAUGAAAAUGCACAUGGGGUGUAGGUCAACCAUUGGUAGUAAAUAUAUUAUUUUGAUAUUUGAACAUUUCAACAAGGACGUUUCUGAAAGAACUGUAAGCAAGAUUGAUAAUUUCAUUCUGUACAUAACAGCGCCGAAAAUCUAUAGAACUUUGAGAUUGAUUAAAAUACAUUAUAGGUCAAA